UCUUUAAAAUUUUAAACCUCUGAAGGGGUGCCACGAUAAUCUUGCCUGGGGCACCAAUAUUGCUAAAACCGGCCCUGUUCGCACAUGCUAGCCUCAAUCGCUCUAUCCUUGUCUCUCCUCCGAUUGUUGUGUCUCCCUCUCUGUCACAGCAUCAUUGGAGAGACAAGAAUCUCUCUAUCCUUGUCCCGGAGCUUUCUACUUUUUCCGCAACUGUCGUUGAAGUCAACUCGGAGUUUUCCACUGGCUCCUGCACACCCUGAAACGUGCGGAGAAAAGUGGAGGGAAUUUAUGACAUCCCUGUAGUGCCUUGUAGUACAGCGUACAACUGCGGUCGCACAGUUAAACGUACCGCUCUAGUUUUAAACUUUCACAUUUCAAGUUACAUUUUUUUUUUUUUGCAGUAUGGCUUAUACAUUAUUAGUUAUAACGAUAUUUAUUUUUGUAUCAGGCUUUUCUGUAUACCCGACGAAAGCAGAACAUCGUGUGGAAUUAGUGCACGUGCUGUUCAGACAUGGAGAACGAACGCCACGCGAGGCGGAAUUGUGGCCGAAUGAUCCUUACAACGCGUCAACGUACGAACCAUGGGGCCACGGACAGUUGACAAACCAAGGGAAAAUGAGAGAAUAUCGUAUCGGAGAAAUGUUGCGAGCACGGUACGACAAAUUCUUAGGAGAUAUUUAUUACCCUAGCGACGUAUACGCUUACAGCUCGGAUCUCGAUCGAACAAAAAUGUCCCUUCAACUGGUCUUGGCAGCGCUUUAUCAGCCAGCUUCGAUACAAAAAUGGAAUAAAAGUUUGCCAUGGAUGCCUAUACCAACGCACUUCAUGCCAGAGAAAGUGGACAAUCUGAUGAAACCCGAUUUCUCUCGUGUGUACUUGCGCGCAUUGAAGGAAAUUAGAGAAUCGGAAGAAGUUCAAAAUAAAAUCUCCGUGUACAAAGAUCUGUUCAAGUUUUUGUCUGAAAAAACUGGUGCAAAUAUAACUCAAACGAAUCAUGUGCUUGAAAUGUAUAAUAUGCUGACGGCACAGAAAAGCAUGAAUCUUGUAUUACCAGAAUGGUGUACCGACGAAAUGUACAAAAACCUGCAGAUCAUUGUAAAAUGCGAGUACACGAUUCGUUCUUACACGCCGCAACUGAGACGACUGAACGGUGGUACACUCGUCAAAAGGUUUCUUGACAACAUGGAAAAUAACAAAAAACGUGACAGACCGCGUAAGAUUUACUUGUAUAGCGGGCAUGAAACAAAUAUUGCAGGAUUCGCUAGAGCGCACAAUGUCACGGAGCCGGAACUACCAAAUUACGGAUGUGCGAUUAUAGUUGAGAAAUUACGGGAUCACGCUGGAAAGGAGUUUAUUAGGAUGUUGCUAUGGACUGGAGUUACGGAGGAAUUGAUACCUUAUAAAUUUGCGGGUUGCGACGAAGUCUGUCCGAUCGAAAAGUAUUUGGAACUAGUCAAGGAUGCCAUUCCAUUGGAAGAAGAAUGGAACAAUAUGUGGGUGUAUUUAUCUAAGAAAGAUCUUUAUAAUCUUUUCAAAGAAAAAAUAAGAUCUAACUAAACUGAUCACACAAUCGACACGAUAAGACGCUUAGAAAUAUUGUAUUAAAAAAAUGACAUAUACAAAGAUGUUAUUUUUUGUUAAAUAUAUUCGACCAGAAAUAAAAGUAUUUUAAAUAAUGA